UGUAAACUGGAGAAGCUGAAGCUGGACCGGUGUGAACUCACAGAAAGAUGCUGUGAGGCGUUGGCCUCAAUUUUAAGAUCGAAAUCCUCACACCUGAGAGAGCUGCACCUGAACAACAAUGACCUGCAGGAUUCAGGAGUGAAGCUGCUCUCUGUUGGACUGGGUGAUUUACACUGUAAACUGGAGAUACUGAGGCUCGACCAGUGUGGACUCACAGAGAAAUGCUAUGAGGCAUUGGCCUCAGCUUUAAGACACCUGAGAGAGCUGGACCUGAACGACAAUAGCCUGAAGGAUUCAGGAAUGAAGCUACUCUCUGCUGGAAUG